AAAACCCUUCAACUUCGGUCCUUCUUCUCUGCGCCUCCUUUGAUUCGAAGCUGUCGGAGUUCGCCGUGGUCGUGUUGUGCCUCAUCUGCUUAGCCAUGCAUUAUCUCCGCCUUUUGUGCCCAAUUUCAAGGUAUGCAUUGCCCAAACUUGCUCAAUUUCUCUCCCCUCUUGCGUCUCUCACGCUUCCCUCUCUCUAUCAUUCCCUCAAUCCCAAGUUCUUUGCUCCUUCCCAAACCUCGCAUGCAAAUAACAUCGACGACAGCGUUGCCUCAUUUCAUUGCUUACUCCAUAUGCAUCCCCCACCAUCCAUAACCAAAAUUAAUAAGAUUUUAGGCUCAGUUGCCAAGGCUAAACAAUAUCGAAUUGCGAUCUCGUUGUUUGCUCAAGCGGAGUUCAAGGGAUUCAUACCUGAUUUAUUUACAUUGACCAUCUUGAUCAAUUGUUACUGCCAUGUGGGUCAGAUGUAUUCUGCUUUCUCAAUGUUGGGAAGGAUUCUCAAGUUGGGUCUUCGACCAAAUGUGAUAACCUUGACUACUUUACUCAGAGGACUCUGCAUGGGUAACAAGGUUGGGGAAGCACUAGACUUUUACCAUGACUUAACAGGUAAAGGAUUUCAAUUCGAUGAAUUUAGUUUUGGCACCCUGAUCAAUGGACUGUGUAAAGUAGGGAAAAUAAGGUCUGCUGUUAAAUUGGUCCAAAUUAUGGAAAUGAAGGGAAUUAAAGCUGACGUAGUCGUAUAUAACACUAUCAUCGACGGGCUUUGCAAACUUGGACGUGUCAUUGAGGCCCAUGAAUUUUAUUCAACAAUGAUUGAUCAAGGAAUUCUGCCGUCUGUUUUCACAUAUACCUCUCUAAUCCAUGGUUAUUGCAGCAUUGGAAAGUGGAAUGAAGUUACCCAAUUGCUCCAUGAAAUGGAAUUGAAAAGCAUCAAACCUAAUGUUCAUACAUUUACUGUAUUGAUUGAUGCAUUUUGUAAAGCAAGGAGGAUCGUUGAAGCUCUCACUGUGUUUGCUAAGAUGAUGAAAUGUGGUGAGAGACCGAAUGUUGUAACUUACAGUUCUUUAAUGGAUGGAUACUGUCUGAUGAAUAAUGUUAGUGGAUCAAAGGAAGUAUUCAACAAGAUGGUUCAAAGUGGUGUAGUAGCUGGUGUAGUUAGUUAUAAUAUACUGAUCAACGGAUUUUGUAAGAGUAAAAUGGUGGAUGAGGCAUUAGACCUCUUGAGAGAAAUGCGUCACAAAGGCUUGGUUCCUAAUGUGAUAACAUAUAGUUCUCUUAUUGAUGGCCUAUGCAAAUCAGGGAGGAUGUCAUUUAUGGAAGACCUUGUUUAUGAGAUGCAUGAAAGUGGUCAUACCCCAGAUAUAGUUUUCUAUAGUAUUUUGUUAGAUGCAUUUUGCAAAAGUCAAAAUCUUGAUCAAGGGGUUGCAUUAUUUAGGCAUAUGGUUGCCCAGGGAAUUCAGCCUAAUGUAUACACAUACACUAUACUUAUUGAUGGCUUGUGUAAAGGUGGUAAACUAGAUGAUGCUCAAAAGAUUUUUCAAUGCCUUUUAAUGAGUGGCUAUCAUCUAAAUGUCUAUACAUAUACCGUUAUGAUCAGUGGGCUUUGUAGAGGAGGGUUGUUGGUUGAAGCUAUGGCCUUGCUUUCCAAAAUGAGAGCAAAUGGAUGUCUUCCUGAUUCAGUAACAUAUGAGACACUUAUUAAAGCUCUUUUGGAAAACAGUGAGAAUGAGAAGGCCGAAAAGCUUCUUCAGGAAAUGAUUGGUGAUGGUCUUGUAAAUUCGCUGUCUUCAUGCCCCAUCUCCACAAUCAUGCAUUGUCUUCAUCUAUUGUGUCCAAUUUCAAGGUAUGCAUUGCCCAAAAUUGCUCACUUUCCUCCGUCUUUUGCGUCUCUCACGCUUCCCUCUCUCUAUCAUUCCCUCAAUCCCAAGUUCUUGGCUCAUUCCCAACCCUCACGUGCAAAUAACAUCGACGACAGCGUUGCCUCACUUCAUCGCUUACUCCAUAAGCAUCCCCCACCUUCCAUAACCAAAAUUAAUAAGAUUUUAGGCUCAGUUGCCAAGGCUAAACAAUAUCGAAUUGCGAUCUCGUUGUUUGCUCAAGCGGAGUUCGAGGGAUUCAUACCUGAUUUAUGUACACUGAACGUCUUGAUCAAUUGUUACUGCCAUGUGGGUCAGAUUUAUUCUGCUUUUUCCAUAUUGGGAAGGAUUCUCAAGAUGGAUCUUCGACCAGGUACCAUAACGUUGAAUACUUUAUUAAAAGGACUCUGCAUUAAUAACUAUGUCGGGGAAGCACUAGACUUUUAUGACGACUUAACGGCUAGAGGAUUUCAAUUCAAUGAACGUAGUUAUGGAACCCUGAUCAAAGGACUGUGUAAAAUAGGGAAAAUAAGGUCUGCUGUUAAAUUGUUCCGCAUGAUGGAGAGGAAGGGAAUUAAAUCUGAUGUAGUCAUCUAUAACAUUAUCAUUGAUGGCCUUUGCAAAUGUGGACUUGUCAUUGAAGCGCAUGAGUUUUAUUCAACAAUGAUUGAUCAAGGAAUUCUGCCAUCUAUUAUUACUUAUACGUCCCUAAUCCAUGGCUUUUGCAGCAUAGGACAGUGGAAAGAAGCUAACCAUUUGCUCCGUGAAAUGGAAUGGAAGAGCCUCAAACCUAAUGUUUAUACAUUUUCUGUAUUGAUUGAUGCAUUUUGUAAAGAAAGGAGGAUCGUUGAAGCUCUCACUGUGUUUGCUAAGAUGAUGAAAUUUGGUAUGAGAUCAGAUGUUAUAGCUUACGGUUCUCUAAUGAAUGGGUACUGUCUGAUGAAUAACGUAAGUGAGUCAAAGGAAGUAUUCAGUAAGAUGGUUCAAAGCGGUGUAGUACCUAAUAUAGUUAGUUAUAAUAUACUCAUCAACGGAUUUUGUAAGAUUAAAAUGGUCAAUGGAGCUUUAGAUUUCUUAAGAGAAAUGCGUUGCAAAAGCUUGGUUCCUGAUGUGACAACAUAUAAUUCUCUUAUUGAUGGCUUGUGCAAAUCCGGGAGAAUGUCAGAUGUGCGAGAUCUUGUUUAUGAGAUGCAAGAAAGUGGUCAUGCCCCAGAUACAGUGACCUAUAAUAUUUUGUUAGAUGCAUUUUGCAAAAGUCGAAAUCUUGAUCAGGGGAUUGCAUUAUUUAGGAAAAUGGUUGCCCUCAGAAUUCAGCCUAAUGCAUACACAUACAAUAUACUUGUUGAUGGCUUGUGUAAAGGAGGUAGACUACAUGACGCUCGAAAGAUUUUUCAAUACCUUUUGACGAGUGGCUAUCAUCCAGAUUUCUACACGUAUAACAUUAUGAUUAGUGGGCUUUGUAGCAAAGGCUUGUUUGAUGAUGCUAUGUCCUUGCUUUCAAAAAUGAGAGCCAAUGGAUGUCUCCCUAAUUCGGUAACAUAUAGAACUCUUAUUCAAGCUCUUUUGGAGAAGAGAGAGAAUGAUAAGGCUGAAAAGCUUCUUCAUGAAAUGAUUGGUGGUGGUCUUGUAAAAUGAGAAAUUAAGGUUGAUACAAUCGUCCUAAUAUAUGCUAGAUUUGUAGAAAUGUUGAAAUUUGUCUUUGUGGGCUAACAAAUUCUUGUUUCUUCCCAAUUAAAGUUGUUGGAUGGUUCAAUGACCUUAAUGGCGUUGAAGAAAUCUUCUUCAAGCCAUAUGUUUGACAUAUUUGUUCUGACUAUGCGUUUGUUUGUAGUGAAUAAUUUUUGUUUAGAGAUGACUUUGUUCCUUCUUCAAUUCAGAAUUUGAUUUAUGAACC